UGCUUAGUUCAUAGUUAGGACUCACACCUUACAAAGUUACAUCAAAGAUCAUUAAACUUGUUAUUGGCAGUCAUGUUGAAUAUGGCAAUGGUUGUGACUGCAACCACUCUUGUUAUCUUACUAUUGUGUUCUCAAUCAUCAGUAGCUAUAUUACUGAACAAGCUUCAGCUACCGUCACCAGUGACAGGACCUGAGUCACUUGCAUUUGAUAAAAACGGUGAAGGACCUUAUGUUGGUUCCUCUGAUGGAAGAAUUUUUAAAUAUAAUGGUCCAGAUGUAGGUUUCAAGGAAUAUGCUUACACGUCCCCAAACAGGAACAAGACGGUCUGUGAUGGACUUUCUGACUUCUCAGCAGUCCAAGCAACAUGUGGAAGGCCAUUAGGAUUGGGUUUCAAUCAUCAGACAGGCGAUUUGUACGUAGCUGAUGCUUAUUUGGGGCUUGUUAAGGUUAGUCCCGAUGGAGGGAAUGUAACACAGUUAGUUGGACCUGCCCAAGCAAAUUCUACAAUGUUUGCUGAUGGUUUGGAUGUAGAUCCUGACACAGGAAUCGUUUAUUUUACCGUAGCUAGCACUAACUUCCAACUCAAGGAUUACCAAACACUGGUAACCAGUGGAGAUAGUUCGGGAAGCUUACUGAGAUAUGAUCCUAGCACCAACCAAACGACGGUGUUGCUAAGCAAUCUUUCAAUGCCAUCUGGUGUGGCAGUAAGCAAAGAUGGCUCAUUUGUACUUGUUGGUGAAUACCUAUCAAACAGAAUCCAAAGAGUAUGGCUGAAAGGACCAAGAGCAAAUUCAUCAGAACUAUUCAUGCUACUUACUGGAAGACCAAAUAACAUCAAGAGGAAUUCAGCAGGCCAAUUUUGGAUUUCAGUGCAUAGUGUUUUAGGAUUAGGACUGCCAAUAUCUCCAAGGCGUACGGCUUUGCCUCGCGGAGUCAGAGUGUCUGAAAAUCGUAUAAUUUUACAAAUUGCAUCUCUUGUUGCCGAGUAUGGUAUUGAACCAGCUAGUGAGGUUCAAGAGUACAAUGGAAAACUCUAUGCUGGCUCCCUGCUCGCUUCUUAUGCUAGCAUUUUUAUCGGCUAGAGUAUUUUAUGUAUUGCUAUGACAGAAAAUAAUACAUGGGGACUAAAAGAAAAUUAUUGAUCAAUA